UCAGUUGAAUAUUGCGGUUUGCGGUAGGCAGUGACGGCUUCAUGUGUAUUUUCCGCAUUGACAAUAUUUCCAAUUUCGCACUUUCACCAGUUAAUUAUUAUCAGAUUGUGUAAUAAGUAACAUUUCUGUGUAAUUCUUAGCAUUCCUAGUAACGUGUUCGCAUCAAAACCGGCGGUUAUAAUUGUCAAAAUCGUGUAGGCAGUGUUUUUUUCGUAAGACUUGUUUUUUUUGUGUAAUUCUGUUUCUGAUUUUUGGCGCAACUUGUUCGGGAAUUAAAAACUGGACUAAUUAAAAGAUAAUAUGAGUGUAAUGGAGCAUCCCCGUCAUACCAGUGUGCAGUGAAGAUAAUGGGACACUUCCACAGGGCACCUUCCUUGCAAAUCACUCUCUCACAGGGGUCGGCGUAUCCGCGUGCGAAUCGCAUGCGUUGAUGGGAGGCGGCGCGAGCGCGGGCGGCGGGCGGGCGGCGCGCGCCCUACGCCUGCUGCUGCUGCUCGUGCUGGCCCUGGCGGCCGUGGAGUACCUGUUCGGCUCCAUCCUCGACGCGUCCCCCCUUCGCACUUACCUGUACACCCCGCUGUACAACGCCACGCAACCUACACUCAGAAACGGCGAACGACCACCAGCAAGCAUCCCCAAAUCAAUUCCCCUAACAAACACUGCGAAUUACGAAGCGUUUACCGAAGCCCAGAACGUUAGUGUUACCAACCACGCGCCACCAAAUAACGUCAUUCGACCCCCUCUCACGGCCAACAUGACGAUUUCCAAGCCAGUCAAUAUCACACAAGAUUUGUUUGCAAUAAAUGAGGCAACACCUACGUCUGUGCUCAUCACAAAGAUUGUGGAAGGAAUGAAGAAUGGAACGAAUGAACUGAACAGGAAUGAUACGUCUAUCAAUCUGCCGGUUUGUGAGACGAGGACUGAUUUGGGUCCCAUACCAGCUGACAAGAAUGAUUUGGAAUUGGAUGUGGUAGAGAAGCGGUACCCCGAGGUACAGUGGGGAGGUCGGUACACGCCGCCCAACUGCACUGCUAAGCAUAAAGUUGCUAUUAUUGUGCCAUACAGAGAUCGUCAGCAACAUUUAGCAGUGUUCCUAAACCACAUGCAUCCAUUUUUGAUGAAGCAACAAAUUGAAUACGGAAUAUUUAUCGUUGAGCAAGCAGGUAGCAAACAAUUCAACCGCGCCAAACUAAUGAACGUGGGCUUCGUGGAGAGCCAAAAGCUGGAACCGGGCGGGUUCCAGUGCUUCAUCUUCCACGACAUCGACCUGCUGCCGCUGGAUACCAGGAAUCUGUACUCUUGCACCAGACAGCCGAGGCACAUGUCUGCUUCUAUAGAUACGCUUAAUUUCAAGUUACCAUACGAGGCCAUAUUUGGUGGAGUGUCAGCCAUGACCUUGGAGCAAUUUAACAAGGUCAACGGUUUCUCCAACAAGUACUGGGGAUGGGGUGGAGAAGAUGACGAUAUGUAUUAUAGACUACACAAAAUGAAUUAUCACAUAGCCAGGUAUAAGAUGUCCAUAGCGCGUUACGCCAUGCUGCAGCAUAAGAAAUCACCGCCAAAUCCUAAGAGAUACCAGCUACUAUCACAAACGAGCAAAACAUUCCACAAGGACGGCCUCUCGACGCUCGAGUACGAAGUAGUGCAGGUGAUGCAAUACCACUUAUACACGCACAUACUAGCCAAUAUCGACGAGCGUAGCUGAUGGACAUAUUUCGCCAAGCUCCUGUUUGGCGACGAUAGGUAACAACCGCUCAGUGCAGUGACUUUCAAACUACUACGAUCGUUACCCAGUGUUGUUGAUCUCUUUCGCAUUCAAUGACACCUACCUAGUGUUGCCUGUGCAAAAAAAUACCACUAGGUACGUUUUAUAAGGUUGGCACUAUUGAUGAAUGAAUGGACUGUUAACUGUCAUUAGUCAAUUGUGAUUGUGCGACAAUUAUUAUGUGUAUAAUGUAUAACUAUUGUAUAGGUAUUGACUGUUGUUUCAAAAUUGCCUAAUCAUUCCAUGAUUAUAAUAGAUACGUCAUAGUUCGACUCCACCCCUGACCCCACUUUUGGUGUAUGGCAACACUAGGCAUUUGUCAGCAGUAUACAUAGGUGCAUACUAUAGAAUAGGCCUUUAUCUACUUGUUAAAUGUUUCAUUAUGUCUGUAUAUUAUUAAUUUAUUUCUGUAAUCUAGUGUAUAAGUUAUAAAUGCUUUGAAAAGUAUGUAUUUCUUACUAAAGUAUACCUUUAUUAUUUGUAUUGUAUCUUUACUUUAAAUAUAAUGUCUUUUGGAAAGCAAAUUGUUUAAUAAUUAAAAAUGACCUUAUUUUUUUGUAUUUUUUGUGACAUGGUCAUUGAUUUUAUACGCUGUAAAAAUUAAAUAAACUUUGAGCGUCAAUAAAAUAAACUAACCAAAAAUGUAAAUUAACUGAUAUUGUAGAUAAUGUACAGUCGGCCAUUUUAUUAUAUGAAGUACAGAAUGACAAUAUAGUACAUAAAAUCAAAUCUUAGAAUAAAAUUACGCUCAGAGCGUUCAAUAUUAAAGUACAGUUAAUACUGAAUAUUAUUAAAUAGUAUACCUAGUAAUCUAUUGUCAGCAUACCUUAGUGCAUGUAGAUUGGUUACAAAAAUAAUUAUUAAGAUUUUGUAUGAAGAAUUUGCGGCCUAAGAUACAAACAUCAGUUUUUUUUCCUUUUUUUCAUUUUAAUUCCGAGUUAUAUUUUGCAAAUCAGUUAUAUUAUAAACAUUUUAUGAUUUUACACACUUUUAUUUUCUACUUUAUUUAAUUAUAUAGGAAAAUGAAUAUUUAACUGAUAAGUAGUCCGUUUUUUAUUUUUUUCAAACCUAUGUUGUAUGUAAAAUCAAUAUAAAACUUGUCUACAUAGUAUACGCACUGAAGUGCUAAUAAUAUUCCAAUUGUGUAUAAAUGUUUUAUAUUAAAGAAAUGAUCUGUUUACACGAUGGCUAUGUACAGACGACAGCAUAUACGUACCUCAAUCUGUCAAAUUUCAUCAAUAGAAUUUCAACCUUAUCACAAUAGUGGAAGGUUGAUGUUCGAUUGGUGAAAUUUGACAGAUUAGUUGACCUGCUGGCGUAUAUAAGGUGCGGCGCAGACGACGUUAUGUAUAUUUUUGUCUGUCAGACAUUUUGUAUGCCACAGACUUGAUCGCACAAAAAGUUUCUCGUCUGCGUUGCACUUAAACGAACCUUCAUACUCGUUCUUGCAAGCUGACAAGUCGUGUAAACGGGUCAUCAUCAUGUACUUACCUUACGAAAUAAAUAUUGUAAAUAGCUUUUGUAGUUAGAUAGGUAGAGAAACUUAUAUUUAGGAAUAAUAUCCUUGCUGUUAAAUGUUCUUUUCAACUACCUAUCUCUAUUGUAACCUACGUAAGAUAGUUUAUUUGUCUUUUUGAAUGCACUUUGAUACUGCCAUUCAAAUAUAGAGUAGACUACAAUGUGCCAAUGUAGGUACAGACGACAGCAAAAGUUUGUGACAUUUUGUGCCAUUUGUAAAAAAAGUCAGACCUCAGUGCAAAAAAAUCUGUAAUUUACUUUUGAUGGAGACUUUACACCAGAUGCGGCAAGUUGACCAACAAAUCAUGAUGUCAAAAACAACGACCUACUAUCCUUAGCAUCAAAUCUUUUAUAAAAAUCCUUAUUUCAAUGACAGUUUUGUAUGUAGGGGAAAAAUGAUAUUGGCUGUAUAACUGCGGAUUGCAAUAACCUAUCCAUUCGUUGUUUUUCGAUUAGAGAUUGUUUGACGCUAUUAAUAAGAAGCUAAUUUCAAAAUUCAAUGUUCAAUCGUAAAACAAGGGAUCGGUUAUUGCAAUGUGCAGUAAAUUGAUGAGUGUAGCUUCAUCGAUUAAUGUAAGAAAAAUGUAUUGUAAGUCAAGCCCUUUAAGAACAUUGUCUUUUUUAUUUUCAUUAUUUUUCUUAUUUAGUUAUAAGGGAUACAUUGUGAUACAUCUAUUUGAAAGGUAACCAUUGCUCAGAUUUACGGAAUUGUAAACAUAAUUCGCUUUAUAUUUUCUUAUUGUUAUUAUUUUGUGAUUUGAAGAGAUCUGUUUUAUAGAAUCACUGGGCGAUGGAUUAUCUUUCAUAAGGCCUAAAUGUUAUAACCGAGUGACAGUUAUCCUCAUACUUAAUAACGAAAGUUUAUAUUUUUAAUUUUUAUGAUUUGUAUCUUAUUUUUUUAACUUUCGACUUUACAGUCUUUUUAGUGGCAUCCUUAGUAUAUUCCUUAAUAUUUCAAAAUUAAUCUUUCUACAAGUACAUUUCUUUAUUUUAUUGUACCAGUCAUUCUUAUUUGCUUUAGUUAUUCAAUUUGCAAAAUUGAAAAGUCAAAACUUGUGCUAAUACGAUAAGAAGUAGAAUUUUUAUACCUACUUUUACUAAAGGUAUGUGCGAAAAUACCGGGCCUAUUCACAUCACAAUAAUAUAGCGAGAUAAUAAUAUAAAACUAUUCAUAUUUGCUUAAGAAUCUUAGUCCUCGCGUAUAAGACAAUUUUCUUACUCGCAAAAUAGUUUUCUAGUGAAAAACUCCGCUUAAGCAUCAAAGCUCAUACUAAUUAUAUCCUAUCUUUAGAUAUCUAUAGCUUAGGACAUGAGUUACUUAAAGAAAAGUGAUAUAUUAGUUUUCAUUUUGUCAAAAUUGUUUUAAAUAAAAUAUGGUUUGUUUUUAUAUUUAA